AUGUUCUAUUCCUCCCGAAUUGCAUUCUUUAAGGAAACUAGAGUAUCUUCGCAUUCGAGUAACUUGAUUGAGGGAACAUUAAGUGCCGACUUGGGCAAUCUUACGAAUUUAAAGAUUCCGAACUUGGAUGAUCACUUGUCAAGCGGAGUGAUUCUUGCAGAGAAUGGAAAUCUCACCAAGUCGAGAGCCCGAGAAUCUAGCCGUGUGGGACUUGUUAAGAAACAUAUUUUCAAGCAACAAGUUCCAAAUCGUAAUGUAAAUGGACCGUCGCUUUGUGUUGAUCUUUUCUCCAAUAGACUUUCCGGUGAGAUUCCCAUAAAUGUUGCGGUUGCUGGACUUCUCAAGCAACAGAUUUAUGAGUUUCCGAAUUUUGAUCCAACAGACUCUCUUGUUUAUCUCAUAGAUGAAGAUGAAUGGGAGCGAGUCGUUUGUGAUUCUCUCACUAGUCCACAGCGGGUGGCUGGUCUUGAUCUCGACCAUCUCACUUUCUCUGCUGUGACAUCAGAUAUUUUCUGGAGAGAUUCCAGCGUCCAUAAAGAGUUUGAAGGAUUUGACUGUAAUGGAUUUGGGAGACAACCUUUUGACAGGAGUGAUCCCUCCAUCAAUUCAAAACAUGAUCGACUUUUUGCUGCCUAUGGUGGGCUGGACUUGGAAGUUCAACAUCUUGGUUCUUAUUGGGUCAUAUUUAGGCUUCUUCAAAAGGCUCGUACUGUGGGAGGAAUGGCCCAUGUUCAACUCUAUUCAUUAACCAGACCCAAUUACUGUUGGAUAAUUACUAGCAAAGUGAGGGGUAAUUUCGUAGUUUGGUACCCAAAAGAAUGA